UGAAGGCAGAACUUCCUCUUUCUUCCUUUGCUCAAGUAGCUUUUGAGAGCCGAGCGAAGAAGAUGAGAAACGGAGACAUGUUUUGCUUAGCGGUGAGGAUCCCGUGCUGCCUCCUGACUCUCCUGUGGCUCAGAGAAGCUGCAGGUGCCACCUUUUUUUACCAAUAUAAAACUGAAAAUGUGACUCAAAUCUGCAACAAAUCCUUGGGGGAAAACAAUGCUACUUGGUGGUUUGGACAGCACAAAAGCUCCCUGCAAAUAUUUGAGCAGCGGUGCUGCAAUCAAAAUAAGUCACAAAAAUGUAAGCGUGAAAACUGCCACAACAAACUUCACCUGGGCGAUUUCUCCUCUGGGGGAAUUUUUGCCUGCAGAAGCCUGAUGGGGCACCCGAUCCCGGAAAACCAAACCCCUAUAUUUACUUCGAAAAAUAACUGCACAAAUUUCAAUUUCUUUAUUAUAGCAAUAAUAAACAGCACAGCAGAGCAGAGUUCUGAAAACAUUCGUGGGAAAUCAGAGGAAAAUGUGUCCAUUGAGCAAAAAGAAAACUUUACUCUUUCCUGUGAGUUUGAACUGACAACGGACACAACCACGUUUGCCGUGUAUUGGUUUAAGGAAACCGAACCAAGCAGCUGCCUCUUUUCAGCUUCAAAUGAAGACCUUCACAAUCUUGUUAGCUUCUCCUACGAUGUCAACUGUUGCAUUGAUGAGGCAUUCAGAGGCCGACGAAUCAAUUCCUCCAAAACUUCAGGUGCGCAAGGUGAAAAGCAGACGCACACAGUUACAAUCAGCAACAGCACCGGGGCCGACAGUGCGAGCUACAUUUGUGUGGUGGCCGCUUAUAAUAGAAAAUACACAUGGACAAUAGAACGCAGGACAUCUGUGAGCGUGAGGGAAGCAUCACCACGAAGCUCAAAACUCAAACUCAAGAUCUCCCUAGCAGCAAUUGCAGCAGUCACACUUCUGAUGGGUGGGAUCAUUUUGUUCUUGUGCUGCAAGAAAAAAGCGAAAGGAAAGCCACUGGAAGGUCAACAAAGGGACCAGACUACAGAUGCUACAGAAGAUUGUUCUCCGUAUGCCGUUUCCAGCCGCAGCGACCUGGCUGGCCCUGAAACGGUUUAUUCGCUAGCCACGAGUCCUGGGGAAGCCCCGUCUGUAGCCUCUUCCUUUCCACAGAGCACCUCUGGCAGGCAACAGGAAGAAAAUGUACAAGCUCUUUAUUCAAAAGUUUGGAAGGAUAAAAGUGGUCCUUCCUUGGCCUCUGAGUCCAGCAUAGGACGCGCCUGAUUUUCUGAAACGUUCGUUUAUUGAGUAGAGGAAAAGGGCAAUUCUCCAAAAGAGGAACUGGAGGCAAGUAGAAUUCUUGGGAGGACUGCAGAGUUCAGCUCAGCCUUCUGGGUCUGAGUGGGUGGAAAGGUCUUCAGAGGAAACGUUGGCCAGAAAACCUUUGAAUUAGUUGCUUCCUGGACAUCUGCCCAUCUCUUUUCUCCUCCCUUCAACUUCCAUGUGAGCUGUUUUAUUUUCAUUUCAUUUUCCAGGUGAGCUGCCAUGUUUUUAUUUUAUUUUAUUUUAUUAUUUUAUUAUUUUGUUUUGUUUUGUUUUAUUUUCAAUUUCCAGGUGAGCUGACAUGUUUUAUUUUAUUUUAUUUUCAUUUUUGCACCUGUGCCGGUGCUAAAAAUACCUCCCGCUGCUUGUCUACGGAGAUUCUUCAUCGUCCGGGUCACAGUUGUCCCAAAGCUGCUUUUUUUCCCAAAAGGCAACUGGACUUUUUUGGUUUGUUUUUUCUUUGAAAACGUUUCGCUUCUCAUCCAAGACAUGAACUGAAGGAGCCUCUUGGAUGAGAAGCGAAAUGUUUCCAAACAAACAAACAAGAAAGUCCAGUUGCCUUUUGGAAAAAAGCACCCUUGGGACCCCUGAUGCUUGGAGCAUUAGCUGGCAGAGGUCCUCAUGCCUUGUCCGAAACAUAAUGGGAAUGAUUGGAAACCCUUUAUGGGCUUUUUGCUGAAAAUGGAUAAAAAUGAAUAGGUGAUUUCCAGAAUCAUUGAUUCAAAAGAAGUUGUUUAAGGGAAGAAGGCAACCAGGAUAUGUCAUUUGGAAGAUGGAGAUAGUGAUCCUUGUAUCUGUAACUGCUGCAAAAAUGUCUUUAGAUAUAUAUAUUUUUACUUUUUGUCGUUUUCUUUCAUUCUUUCAUUUCUUUUUCUUUUCUCUUUUUCUGUUUUAAGUUUCUGUUGUUUUUAAAUCUCGGGUAAAAUUCUCUUUCAUCUACAAAGUUCUAGAACUGUUGCGCGGAAGAAAGGAUCCCUUUAAGGAAGCUUCCCAAGUAGGUGGUGUAUAUGUUAAAGCGGGUUGUGAUGCCCUGCAAAGACAACUCAAACUCCUUAAGAUCUUCAAGCUCAUUCUUCUUUGAAGCAGUCAAGCCAAACAUGGGAUUUCCACGUGUGGCACCUGUUUAAAACAUUCUUUGCAAGCUGAUAGGGUUUUUUUUUCAUUUAUGGUCCAUUAGAUGGCAGCCUUGUCUCUUACGAUGGAAAUUUCUUUCAGCCAGAAGGCACUAAGAUCUGAAAUUACCGCUGUUGGUGUCAGACUCCAAUUAUAUUUCAUCUCUAGUUAUCGAUUAUGGAAAACCCCAUUUCUGCCCUCUCUGGAUUCUGUCAUAUUACGAAGGGGAAGGGGGGGUGAGCAAAGGGGUUUUAUGACUCUCACUUCCUUUGU